AAAUUUCACAUCACAUAAAACGCCGGUUAAUAAAUUUUUAAUACUGUUUUGGUUGAUAUGCCUUUCAAUCGAAUGGACUUAACUCAUAGGAAUUAAUUUAGAUACCUUUGUUAAAAAAAUAUAAUAAUAAUAAUAAUAAUAAAUGAUUCACUUGGAAUAAUGAAUAAAAAAUUGAUUGUAAUAAUAAGUAUACUUAUACUAAUUCUCAGCUGUUGGUAUGUUAAAACUGCUUCCAUCAAAAAUGAUGAUAGUAAUGAUGUGGAAACGUCUGAAUCUAGUGAAGUUACAAAUACUUUAGAAUACGAAGGAAAAGAAGAUGAAGUAGGUGAACAAGAUAAAGUUACAGAAGAAAUAGAUUUUAAUUCAAUAGAAUUAUACAAUUCUUCGGCUGACGAAGAAACUCAGUUAGAACCAUUAAACCAAAAUCAGGUUGAGAUUCCAACAAACGACUCGAAUGAUAAUGAAGAAAUAAUUACUGCUCUACACAUCAAAUCAAGUAACUUUGAAAAUGAAAAUGAAAUCGUUAUUACAGAAAGUAGUGAAUCACAACCAUUACUAAAUACGAUAACUGAAGAAAUCUUAUCUUUGGUUACAACGGAUAAUAAUCUAGAUGUUUUAAGUCCAAGUACUGAUGAUCACAUACCUUCCAACCACUCUAUUGAAACAGAUGAAAGUUUUUAUACUGAGUUUAUGCUAGAAUCAAACGAUAUUGUCGAAAUACCUAGUCAGUCGCAAGAGCACGUUGGUGUAACGGAAGAAAUUUUAGGAAACAAAAACGAAACUAUUCUGGACAAAAUUGAGGAACUUGAAGGCACUGAUCAAAAAUUAAAUCAAACAACCAUAGUGCCAGAGGUAUUCACUAAUGAAAUGGAAGUUUCAGCGAAUACAGAUAAAUCAUCCUCAGAGUUAUCCAAACAAGAUAUCAAAGUUACUGAAAUUUUGACUGAUAACAUCUCUUUAAGCUCAUCAUUACAAAAUGAUACCAAUACCAGUGCUCAUGAGAAGUUAUCUGUAGUAAAAUUUGUAAGUAUCUCCACCAACCGUCAACCGAUUGAACGAGCCUACGAAAGAAAUGUAUUGAUAGAGAAAUGUUAUCAAUAUCCAAGAAUAAAAAAUUGUGCUAAACUAACAGAUAUGGAAAUAAAACAUCAAGGUGGUUGGUAUUACAAUCCAACUGAAAUGCAAUGUCAAUAUACAUCUGAUUGUAUUAUAAAUGAUAAUUAUUUCAAAACUAAAAAUGAAUGCGCUGAAACAUGUGAAUACUGGAGAGGUACUGCUCGAUGUCUAGCUCCACCUCAAGCUGGUCAUUUUCAUUGUUCCGCUGUGAAUACGGAAAAGACUAUACGACCAAUUCUAAUGGUUUAUUUCGAUAAAGUCUCUGGAAAAUGUCGCUGGUUUACCUAUUAUGGAUGCGGAGGCAGUGCAAACCGUUUUACAUCUAUAACAGAAUGUGAAGAUACUUGUGGAAAUAAGAUUGCAGAUAAAAUUGUACUUGUGGCCAAUCAGCUUUGUCAAGUGGCUCCAACAACCCAGUUAUUUCCACAAUGGUCAAGAAUAGAAAUGGAUACAUGGAGUGAAAUAGGCCAAGAUGGUCAAUUUUUUUCUAAAGAAACAUCUGAACCGAUUCUAUUUGACAAUCUUACCUAUAUUGACGCUAUGCGCAUUGAACCGGAAUGCUCAAAUGUCGGUCAGCAUGAAUCACGUUGGUAUCUUGAUGUUGAAACAAAUCAGUGUCAGGAAUUUGCAUAUUCUCACUGUGGUGGGUCUUCAAAUAACUUUUUAACACGAGCUGAUUGUGAACAAUUUUGUGGGGCUGCAAAACCUGAUAUAUCAACUAUCUGUAAAUUGAAACCUUCAUUUGGCGAAUGUACCGGAUACAAAACUAUGUGGUAUUAUGAUCCUAAUUGGGUAAUGAAUAUGGAUGGACAAGAUCAUUACUUAAUUGGUGGCUGUAGACAGUUCAAUUAUUCUGGUUGUGGCGGAAAUAGUAAUCGAUUUCCAACUCAAGCUGCAUGUGAAUUGACAUGUCAAUUUAAUACAAAGGUUGAACUACAAAUUAAUAUUGAUCCUGUGGAACAACUGGGUAAUGUAACGACACAAUCUGAACCUAAUCGAAAUAACGAUAAUAAUCAGCCAACGAUAGUAAUCACUGAAUCAAACAAAACUAUACAUAAUAAUUUGGUCAAAAAUAUGAUAAAGUUAACUUUAAUGAAUAUCGUAACAAUGUGGCGUGUGCUACUGAUGUCGACAGAUAUAAGUAGUAUGUACCACCAGUCGAAGGUGAAAUACCUGGAGGCAGAAGGUUAAGAAGAUCGAAGAAAGGAGAGCGAGAAUAGAGAAUGAUUACUAUAGAAACGAAGGGACAAUCAAGUCUGAGACGAUUGAUUGGCAUUUUGCAAAUGAACUAUUUAUUAUAUGGUUCUAAGAUUUUAAUAAAACGUGUAAUUUUGUGUUCAAAUACAUUCGACUGCCCCCACUUGUGUUCUCAUUCACUAUAACAGAUUUUCAGAAAUUCGGACGAAUUAUAAUUUUUGGCGCUUAGUCAUUUAGGUUAAGAGAUACAAGGUAUAUUUUAACCUGUUGUCUGCAGUACUCACUUUUUCACAAAGCUUUCAGUUCAGUGAAAUAAGUCUCAGUAAUUUCACAUUUUAGAAACUGUUAUGUGACACUCGGAUUUUCACUUCUACAUGAAUGGGAUGCUAAUUUACCUUAGAUGAAUAUCUGCACUAGAUUUCCUCCCAGUGUUUAUUCUAUAGGACUUCAACACAACUCAGAUGAAGAACAUGUGACUAGUCUGUUUAGAACGUCAAUAUAUUUCCACACCAAGAACCAACAAUACGACACAAUCCAAGAAUAAUCAAUAAUAAUAAGGAUAGGAGAAUAUAUAACUCAUAUAAAGCCUGUUAGAUCACCUACAUGUCUGACUAAGCAAACAGCCAAUCAUUAUCACCCUCGCCCACAGAUCAGAAAUAUGUAUAAAUAGCAUUAUCAACUGUUCAUGAAUAGAAUUUAUCGUAUACGUAGUAAUCGUGAAUCAUUGGCUAUGAUUUACUAUCCCAUCCAUUUAGUGAUUUUGUGACUGGCUAAUGUUAGUAGUUUUUCAGAUCUUGAACCCUGUCGGCGACAACCUGUUUUUGGCUUUUGCCGACCAUUAAAUUGCUCUGAAGAACAUCGACGAAAUCAGACAUGCCACUUUUUAAACUUCCAAAGAUGGUUUUUUAAUGCUCAUACUAGUAAUUGUGAAGCAUACAGUUACAGUGGAUGUGGUGCUUCAGAAAAUACAUUUGACGAUGCUCAAGCUUGUCAGGCGGCAUGUAAAGCUAGAAUUGUCAGGCCUGAUAGGGAUCAACGUUGCGAUUCAAACCCACAUAUCAAAAAAUGUUACACACUAUCAGUAAGUGGUAAUCAACAGGAUGUAUCAAGUGAAAAAGAUGUCAUUGCAUUUCAUUUUAGUGUGUCCAGUGCUACAUGUAAAGCAUUUCAUUUAAAUACAAAACGACCUGGUUGUAGUAUGGAACAAUACUUUCCAAAUGGUUACGAUUGUUUACGAGAAUGUGUCAAAUCUUCACCAAAUGAAAAACAUUUACAAAAUCGCUGUUUUGCUCGGAAAACUCAUGUCAUGUGGAACUGCACAGAUCAAAGUAUUAAAACUUAUCGUUGGUCAUAUCUACCUGAAAUUAACCAAUGUGUACGUUUUUCUGAAUGUACAAAUCCCGAUCAAAUAAUUGAACAACCUGGAAAUAAUUUCGCUUCAAGAAGUGAAUGUGAAACUACUUGUAUGGCAUCUAGUUUUGAAGAAGUUUGUCAACUUCCAAAAGAUCCUGGUCCAUGUACAAGUUUUCAAACUCGUUAUUUUUAUGACAGCAAUACAUCAAAAUGUCGAGUAUUUUUAUACGGAGGUUGUUUAGGCAACUUUAAUCGAUUUCUUUCGCGAAAAGAAUGUGAACUAGCAUGUUCUCAAUUUUCAACACAUAUUUUAAGUACAUCAAAUCAUACGAAAUCACAACAAAGUUUAGUGGAAGAAACAUUAGUUGAUUAUGAUGAAUCUCCACCGUUAAGUGCACAGGUAUUUGAGAAGAUGAAACAAAUUACACAACAUCAUGCAGAUCGUUAUCCUUGGGAUAUUUGUUUGGAUAGUCAUAGUUAUGGUACAUGUUCACUAUCCGGUGGUCAAUAUCAAACAACAAGUGAAUACCCUUAUGUACCAUUAACUCGUUAUUAUUAUGAUCGUCGUUUGGGUCACUGUCAACCUUAUACAUAUACCGGUUGUGGUGCCCGUGGAAAUCAUUUUGACACAUUAGAAAAAUGUCAAACAGUGUGCGAGAAUCGUUUGAAAAAUCCAAAGUUUGCCCGCUGCCACUUUGAUAAACCAAUCACAAAAUGUCCUGGAAGUGGAAUUCAAGCAUGGGCCUAUAACCACACCAUCGGAGAUUGUUAUUUCUUUGAAAUUUGUGAACCAGACGAAAAAGAAAGCGAAUUUCAAAUACCUCAUAAAAAAUUUUCAUUUCGUUUGAGAAGAACAAGUCAAUGGCUUGGAGUAUGGCAAGCAAGGACUGGAAAUCUACCUGAAGGUGUUUAUGCAACUCGUAGUGCAUGUCAGUAUCACUGCUUACCAAAACCACCCCGAGGAACAGACACACAAAACGUCUGUCAUAUGAACCCGAUUGUAACAGUACCAUUUGGCUGCAAUGCUAUGGUUACUAGAUGGUAUUUCGAACCUAGAGAAACACAGUGCAGAAGCUAUAUAACUUGUCCACAAUAUGGAAAUAACUUUCCUAGUCAUAAAGCUUGCCAAGAUAUAUGUACACCUGGACAUCCUAUAGAUGUCUGUCGACUUCCAUAUGAUCAUGGUGGAUGUUCAAACUUUGAAAAACGAUGGUACUAUGACAUGCAUAAACGAAUGUGUAUGCCUUUUACAUACGGUGGAUGCUUUGGAAAUUCCAAUCGUUUUGUAACAAAAGCAGAAUGUGAAGGAUUUUGCAUGGGGAAAGAUGUUUGUAGACUACCUUUACAAAAGAAUUCUACCGACACAAGUUACCCUCAAAGAUUCUAUUAUGAUCAUUCUAGAAAACAGUGUCUUCCAUUUCGUUUCACUGGUCUACUGGCGCAUGGCAACAAUUUCCCAUCACUUAGUGCCUGUAAUGCAACAUGUAUUUAUGUACCAGACAUUGAAGUAAUUGCCGAAAAAAUUAUGCUAAGUUCUAAUUUAAAUACUGAUAAAAAAUCGGAAGAAUCAAGAAAAACAUUAAUUCAAGCAUCAUCUAUGGAAAAUCCUACAAAUACGCAACAAAUGACAGAUGAAAGCACUUCAAUAAAUGUUCAUAGAAUACCAAAUGAUAAUAAAAGUAUGUAUAUAGCUGUAAAAUAUUUUGCAUGACUUGCUAAAAAAUUUUAAUCCUUAUGGUUUUAAGCACUUUCGUAUGGGUGGCAAAAUAUAAUAUAAACUCGUGAU